GCAGGUCUGCUGGAGAUCCGCGCCGUGGCCGUGCGCACCGUGGCCAUCAAGGGCGUGCGGAGCGCCCGGUACCUGUGCAUGGACGAGGAGGGCCGGCUGCACGGGCAGCUCAGGUAUUCCACUGAGGAUUGUUCCUUUGAAGAGGAGAUUCGUCCAGAUGGGUACAACGUGUAUAAAUCCAAAAAAUACGGAAUAUCCGUGUCUCUGAGUAGUGCCAAGCAAAGACAGCAGUUCAAAGGGAAAGAUUUUCUUCCACUAUCUCACUUCUUACCUAUGAUCAACACUAUGCCCGUGGAGUCCACAGACUUUGGUGACUAUGGUGACUACAGCCAGGCGUUUGAACCAGAGGUGUUCUCCUCGCCCCUGGAGACGGACAGCAUGGACCCCUUUGGCAUCACCUCCAAACUGUCACCCGUGAGGAGCCCCAGCUUUCAGAAGUGACUCUGCUCACA